AUGCUCAUCCCAUUCAUCAGUUGCCUCGACCUAGCCCACCCUACCGAGGAGCAGCUUUGCCACCUCGAGGAAGCCUGCGAUCACGCCACCUUUGGGCGCAACCAGGAAGACGUUUUGGACGAGACGUAUCGCAAGGCCGGCAAGAUGAACAAGGGCGACUUUUUGGUUGACUUUUCGCCUCCCGAGUCCUUUUUGGGACUCGUGCGCGAUGAGCUGUUGCAGCGCUACGACACGAGGCUCGUCUAUGAUCUGUAUAAGUUGAACGUUUACGGCAAGGAUUCCUUCUUCAAACCGCACAAGGAUUCACCACGCGGGUCCAGCUUCCACGGAACCCUCAUUGUCGUCUUCCCCGCCCCGCACGAGGGCGGCCAGCUGGUUUUCAGCGACCCUAAACUGGGGGACUGGACCGUCGACGCGGCGUCCGACAUUCUAGGGGACGGGAAGCCGAAUUUGGUCUGUAUCGCAUUCUACGGCGAUGUCACGCACGAGGUCCUUCCAGUGACCUCGGGACAUCGCGUCACCCUGACCUGGAAUAUCUUC